UAGUUCCAAAAUAAACGGAAAACAUCAUUAAAUACAUGCUGCUUUACAAUUAUCGUGUGUUUAGUUUUGGUUUUCACGCCGUAAGGUGCUUUCGAAAGAACAUGAGCACCACUUUAUCCCAGAAGAUGGUCUGGGUGGAUCUUGAGAUGACAGGCUUGGAUAUUGAACAGGACAAAAUCAUCGAAAUGGCGUGCAUUAUUACAGACUCCAACUUGAAAAUUUUGGCUGAGGGACCCAAUUUGAUAAUAAAGCAGCCUGAUGAACUACUGGAGUCCAUGUCAGAGUGGUGCAAAGAGCACCAUGGCAUGUCAGGAUUGACCCAGGCUGUACGGGAUAGUAAAAUCACCCUGGAACAAGCAGAGACUGAAUUUGUAUCCUUUGUCAUGCAACACACCCCCCCUGGACAGUGCCCACUAGCUGGAAAUUCUGUGCAUGCCGACAAACGGUUUCUAGACAAAUAUAUGCCGCGGUUCAUGCGUCACCUCCACUAUAGAAUAAUUGAUGUCAGUACCAUCAAGGAGCUUUGCAGGAGGUGGUUUCCAGUGGACUAUAAGAUGGCACCACGCAAAAAGGCAACCCACAGAGCUUUGGAUGACAUCAGGGAAAGCAUUAAAGAGCUGGAGUACUACAGAGCCAGCAUCUUCAAAGAUUCUCUGGGGAAAAAGGACAAGAUUGUUGACGAAAACAGCAAGACCUAAGAGAUGUAGCAUUCCGGGUUCUGUUAUGUAUUCAAUAAUAAGUAAUAAAACUAUGCAUGGCUCA